GUCUGCGGUCUUCCUGCGCUUUCAGUGGGCGUUCGGUUUCUUUUCCACAGCGUCUGCAAUCUGUUUGCUCGUUUAUAUAUCCAAAUUUUUUCGGGAAAUUCCCUUUUUUCCCCCCUUUUCCACGUUUCAGCCGUUGUUUAACUCCUUACAACUGGCGCCAUCUCCCCGCAUUCUCGCUUAUUUGACCAAGCGAGGUCGCCAUCCUUCUCCAACUUUGGCUUUAACAGUCAUGGAGGAAUCGUCGAAGCCUAUCGCAAAGCCUGAAGUUGCUGAACCUCCUCCCGACGUUGUCGUAACUCCGUGCGAUCCGUGGCCGAGGCCCUAUUACUUCGAGAAAGGGUUCCGCCGAGUUGCGCCCUAUCAUUAUACAUACAAUACCUACUGUAAAGAGAGAUGGAGAGGGCGGGGCUUAUUGGAUAUAUUUACUACGGAAUUCAGAGACAGGCCGGCGGAGUACUAUAGAGCGGCGAUUGAAUCUGGCCAUGUGACAAUCAACGGAAAACCAGGCGGUGUUGAUUCAAAGGUGAAAAAUGGCGAUGUAGUCUCACACACCCUUCAUCGCCACGAGCCACCAGUUACCAGUCUCCCCAUCGGGGUUAUCCACGAAGACGACGAGAUGAUUGUUAUCGACAAGCCCGCCGGUGUUCCCGUUCAUCCCGCCGGACGAUAUAAUUACAACUCCAUUAUUGAAAUCAUGCGCGCGGAAAGAGGCCACGGUUUCAAUCCUCUACCAUGCAACCGCCUCGACAGACUGACUUCGGGUGUGAUGUUUAUCGGCAAGGAUCCCAAAGCCGCUGAGAGAAUUAGCCAUGGCCUCCGGGCACGAACAAUGCAGAAAGAAUAUAUCGCCCGUGUAAAGGGGAAAUUUCCGGAUGGAAUCAUCCUUUGCGACCAGCCAAUGCUCAAGAUCAGCCAUCAGCUAGGUCUGAAUCGAGUGCGAGCCUCAGGCAAAGAAGCAAAAAGCAAAUUUCGGAGACUGGCAUACUAUCCAGCAACGGCAGUGAAGAAGGCCUCUUCCUCUGAAGAUGACCCUGCUACUCCACCCGCAACACUGGCGGACGAUGUGCCAUUGGACUUUGGCAAUAAUGGCAAAGCCACGAUAUCACCACCUGAAGACGAAGGUUACAGUAUCGUCCACUGCUUGCCUCUCACAGGACGAACCCAUCAACUACGUGUUCACCUACAAUUCCUCGGGCAUCCUAUCACCAACGAUCCCAUUUACUCCAACCGACGCGUGUUUGGCCGUAACCUCGGAAAGGCCGACAACACGGGAGAACACGACCAGGAGAUAAUGGCCCGCCUAUCUAGGAUGGGGAAGACAGAGACCGCUGAUACUGUUGGCGACUUUGGAUUUAAAUACGAGACAUUCCAAAACCCGCCUCCAGAACACAUGACCAAAGGCGGCGAUCCCAACGUCAUCAAUGACCUGCUUGCCCGCGAGCAUGACCAAAUGGUUAACGAUUACCUAAGACGUAAAGGAGAGAAGAUGAGCGGCAAGAAAUGCGAGACCUGCGGAACUGAUUUGUACACUGAUCCUGGUGUGCAUGAGCUUGGAAUCUUCCUUCACGCAGUGUCUUAUGCGGACCUUGCUGGGGAUUGGAAAUACAGAAGUAAAAUGCCCAAUUGGGCUAUGCCCCCGGAGGGCGUGGAUGGGCCCACCAGCGUUCCUGAAUGGACGGAGGAAGGAGAAGAUAUCAUUAUUGGUGGUGGCCGGGCUGAUGGUGAUGCUGCGCUCGUGGAGGGAAUAGGAACUUUGAGCAUCUCGGAGAUGAUGUGCAGGGAUAAAUCCGAGAGUGGAAAUAUUGCUGCAGGAGCGGGGGGUUGAUUGCUACGAUUGAGUUUACGUUUGAUUUCCUGUUUAUGGCUUUUGGUGCAUGGUCUAUUAAAGGUGAAGCGAGUUCUAUGACUUGGGUUAUUUUCAAUAC